GGGCGGAAAAGCCUGUUUACACAGACUGCACACCGCCUGGGGAAUAAUGCAGUAAAGGAAGUGAGCCGGCUCGGCCUGACUGCUCCAACUUCCUGCUCUCACACACACCAGAGGGGAAAAAAAAAGAGGAGCGAGAGAAAGAAAAAAAAGGGGGGGAAAAAUCAGGAUCUCAUUACAAGAGCAACAGACCGUCUGCAGACGCCUGUCAGCAUGGAAAGUCGGGGGCUUUCGCCCGGUUCCUCCUAGAAAUUCCCCCGAAGAAGGAUCUUGAAAGCUCCCCCGCAUCUGGGUAUGGAGAGUGCAAUCACGCUGUGGCAGUUCCUGUUGCAGUUGCUGCUGGACCAGAAACAUGAGCAUCUGAUCUGCUGGACGUCCAACGAUGGUGAAUUCAAGCUCCUCAAAGCAGAAGAAGUGGCCAAGCUGUGGGGACUCCGCAAAAACAAAACGAACAUGAACUACGAUAAGCUGAGCAGAGCCCUGCGAUACUAUUAUGACAAGAACAUCAUCAAGAAGGUGAUUGGGCAGAAGUUUGUGUACAAGUUUGUCUCUUUCCCGGAGAUCCUGAAAAUGGACCCUCACGCCGUGGAGAUCAGCCGGGAGAGCCUUUUGCUGCAGGACAGGGACUGCAAAGCGCCCCCCGAAGGCCGCGAGGCGCACAGACACGGCUUGUCCGCCCUCAAAAGCACGAGCCGCAACGAAUACAUCCACUCGGGCCUGUACUCCUCCUUCACCAUCAACUCCCUGCAGAACCCGCCCGAGCCCUUCAAAGCCAUCAAGACGGAGAAGCUGGAGGAGCCGCCGGAGGACAGCCCUCCUGUGGAGGAGGUUAGGACUGUCAUCAGGUUUGUGACCAACAAGACCGACAAGCACAUGAGCAGGCCCGUGGUGUCCCUGCCCUCCACGUCGGAGGCCUUCCUGGCCUCGUCCGUCUCCGCCAAGAUUUCCUCCUUAAUGUUGCCAAACGCCGCCAGCAUUUCAUCUGCCUCGCCCUCCUCCUCUCGGUCCCCAUCCCUGUCCCCCAACUCGCCCCUCCCUUCUGAACACAGAAGCCUCUUCCUGGAGGCCGCCUGCCAUGACUCGGAUUCCCUAGAGCCCUUGAACCUGUCAUCAGGCUCCAAGACCAGGUCUCCAUCGCUCCCCCCCAAGGCCAAAAAACCCAAGGGCCUGGAGAUCUCUGCGCCUCCGCUGGUGCUCUCCGGCACCGAUCUCGGCUCCAUCGCCCUCAACAGCCCGGCCCUGCCCUCAGGAUCCCUCACCCCAGCCUUCUUCACCGCACAGACACCAAAUGGAUUGCUCCUGACCCCGAGUCCACUGCUAUCCAGCAUACAUUUCUGGAGCAGCCUCAGUCCAGUUGCUCCACUGAGUCCUGCCCGGCUGCAAGGGCCAAACACGCUGUUCCAGUUCCCAACACUGCUUAAUGGCCACAUGCCAGUGCCAAUCCCCAGUCUGGACAGAGCUGCUUCUCCAGUACUGCUUUCUUCGAACUCUCAGAAGUCCUGAUGACAUCUGGCCACAAUUAAAGACUCAUUAACUGAUGAAGCAAAUUUGUCCACAUGGGCUAGUUUACCUGUGUCAUGAGAAGGACUUUGUGAAACCCUGUUAAUUUGGUUUGCACUUUUCAUAACAUGGAUGGUCUAGAUAUAUGUUAGCAUUUUUAAAACUUUUUUUUUUUAUAUUCAAGUAUAUAUGAAAAUCUGUUUUGCAUUAAGUGAAUUUUAAUGUUUUUGGUUUUAUAUCCUCUUAGCUCUUAAGUGUUGAACACUGUUGACAGUGAAGAACUUGUCUUAAUGGUUUUCAGUGUAACUAAUAAGGAUGUGAAGCUUUUUUCUCUUUAAUUCUGCAUAUGCUGAACUGUGCUUAUAUACACUAUAACCAGCUGUGCCUUCCUUUGCAUUUAGUUUUAUGUAAAUGAUUUAUAUAUUUUUUAGUAUUAAGAGAAAAUGUUUGAAAGACAAAAAUUAGUAUCAAACAGCUCUCUAGUAGAAUUUCCUUAUUUUUCACAAGUAGGCAAUAUGAAAGCAUAUUCAUAUUACUUUUUCUUUUGCUUUCAAUUAUAAGAAUUGCCUUAGAACCUCUUUUGAACUUAAAUUCAAUAAAUGUAAUGUUUUUAUAAGAAGAAACUAAGCCAUAUUUAGACAAUAAACAUUCAUAAAAGAAAAUGUUCGAAAGUGCAUUUUUAAAAAAGGAACCUUGAAAGGCUAGCCUCUCAACUGUUUACAAUCUUUUAGACUCCUCCCAAACCAAAAACCUGGGAUGGAAAAGCUAUUGGAUAGAAAAGUUUAUUCUAUCCAUAUCCCUGGAAUAUUUCCUAGGUUAGCAUAUUCUUAUUUCAAGAAAUUAGCCCUGGUUCUCCCUGUUUUCCAUAGAGGAUCACACCCCUCCAAUACAUUCCUGUAUAUUAUGAGUUAGUUAAGGUUUCUUUCUCUGAACCCCUGGAACUAUUGUUGACAUUUAAAAAUUCUGUGCUUUGGAAGAGGAUCACAGACUGGUGAUGAAAACAAAUAACAAAGAAACAAUUUUGUAACAUCAGGCAUCUUUAGGUAUAGCCUUGCUUGUGAAAAUUGAGAGGUUAUUGCUAAAUUUAGGGUGAGAAUGAAGGAAAUCUGAUAUAACAAAUACAAAAUUCUUCAGAAACCUUAUCAUGGUUGAACUGAACUGGUUACAUAACAAUUUGGAACACUCAGCAGUAAAUUCUUUUGUGUAGUGUAGUUUUAGAGCAGUGAUAAUAGGAACAUAUUUUCUGUUCCUUCAAAAAAUCAGCAGGCACCACUCU